AUGACUGGAGCUGAAGUGAGUUCAAUAGGACCUGAUCGUCGGCUGUAUGUAAGAGGGCCCACGAGAUACACAAAACAUGCCGAGUAUCUGAUAAAAAGCAAAAUGGCCGCUGGAAGAGUCAUGGCUAACACAAUCUGCGUCUAUAUAGACAAGAAAAAUCUCCCGGAAGAUUGUGAAGUAAAGCUUGUUCCUGUAGACGAAAAAGAGCGCUUGAUAUUAUCAGUAGGAUCUUUGCCCCAAUAUCGCUUGAAACCUUGUGAAGAAUACGAUAUGGAAGUGCAGGGAGCUUAUUCGCUUUAUCAAGCUGUAGCAGAUUAUGACGCUUCUGUCAAAGAAAGAGUUUUAACAUCCUUGAGCAGCUUGAAAAAGGAAAUUAUGUCGGGAAAUUAUCACAAAGCUGACCUGUGGUCCGACCUCGAGGAGACGUGGAGCAUUGUUGAUUCGAUCAAGAAGCUCCAAGCAACGAAAGAGAAAAGAAGUGAAUGGCUUGUUGCAUUUAAAGAGGGUGUGGACCUUGCUGACAAGGUGGUGAACGAUGCAUUUGGUGAGCAGUUAGUGGAGGACUUCAUGGCAAGAUAUGACCUAACUUUUUUGUCCCCGAAUAGCCAACCGAUGCGAUGCAAGGUGUGGGUAGUAAAUAAAGAUGUGGGAAAGAAACUUGAAGAAAUACCAAUUCCUUUCCAUGACCUGAAAAAUAUUGUUGAAGAAUUGCGGUUUGAAGAUGAGCCCACUAGGGCGAGAUGUCGAGGGUGGCUGGUUUUACAAUCCAAAAAAAUUAUCCAGGUUAACAUCAUAUUUCCCGGUUCAGACAUCGAUUGCAGGAUAACCUUGCGUGCACUUACGGAUGAUUUAGUAGCAGACAGCAACCUUGUGUGCGAGAAAGAAGAGACACGCCUUAUAUCAAAAUAUCUCUCUAAGUUAACAUUUACCGAUGCCGACGGGUUACGCCUACCAGCAGAUGAGAAAUUACCCCAGGCGUUUAACCACACUCAUUGGAGAUGCUCCCGCCGGACUUUGUUAACCCCCCGGCCUGGAUUUUCCAUGAUUGUCUCUAAUGAAAGAUCCUGGUGUAGUGAUCUCAGGGAUGAGGAAAACAGAGUAACGACGGAUAUUCACCUUCAUUGUGAAAAAUGGGAUCAGCUUCUCAGCGAAGAAGAUUGGGAGCCAGAAAUAAUCUGUGCCGAAUUGCCUGAGUUUCUUCGCUUUGUUCGCCAAGUUCAAGAUUUCAUUUCUUGUAACUGUACCAAAACAGCUGAUCAGGAAUGAAGCAAGGUUGAUAAGCAGUUGAUCCAUAUUAAUUGUUGCUCAUAAUCAUAAAGAUUAAAAAUUAAGUUUAAAUUUGA